AAUAUUGUUAUCAAAAACGAAAGUUCAAGCAGGUGCCAAACCAUUCUGAACUGCAUGUGCAGCUCAUAAAACCUAUAAACUUAAAAUAACACAAUUGAGAUGCCCCUCUUGGGCAAGUUACUAAGCCAUCGAUAGGAAAUGCAGAAUAUAACAUGCACUCGAGGUUUUAGUGUCAUCAUGAAACUCAGGCUGAUAAGUGGCAUAGUAUUUCUAUUGGUCUUGAUAGAAAAUUCCAAUUCAUCGGCCUAUUGCCGAGAGACAUUGCAGAAUCAGGAAUUACAACAAAUAAAAUGGUAAUAUUUGAGACAAUGUCUGCUGGUGGUCAGCGGAGAAUCGAUGUCCAGCAAAAUGAAUGAAAAUAUCUGGAGGCUGGUGAAAUUGAGUUUUGAGUCCUCCAUUGAUAAUGUACCCCAUGAGGCCUAUCGACUAAUGGGUUAUGCCCUGACAGCCAUACCCUUGGAGGAUUUCCGCAAUAUAAGUAUGGAAAAUGUGGAUAUGAUUGAAAUUUUCGGUUCGAUUAUAAACACAAUGUCCCUGCGGGAAUAUCAACAGGGAUUCAGUGAGGAACAAUUGUCGAUGUUGGCUCAAAAAGUUCGUUCGGAGUGGUUGGGAAAAACGCCACAAACCUAUUCGGAAUAUGACCUAAGGGCAAUGGGUGAAAUUUUGUGCUACUUCAAUGUGACGGACAUAGAGAACAUACACACAGAUGCAUUUAUGGAAGCCAUUGAAUGGAUUGGUUUGUUGGAAAAAUGUCCCGAGGACCGCUUGCAGGCCUUUGCCAACAUGGCCCGUCGUUCCGAUGCCUUUGGUGAGCCAAAUAAAUGGUCUAAACUAGAGGUCACAAUAAUUGGCAAUAUUUUGAAUGGCUUGCCGACCCAGGAUAUCAAUGCAAUUUCAAAGGAUAAAUUGCAAUUAAAUCAUUUCUAUAGACCUCAUGGUGGCAUACAACAACAACAACAGCAGCAUCAAAGAGGAUCAGAUAGAAAUUUCACCCUGAAACUCAAUGAAACAACAAAAUCGGGGGAAGAAAAUUUAGGAGUUAAAAAUAAUUCAAAUUAGCAGAUAAUUUUCUCGAGUGUGUUCUAUGUAAUGACUGCUUAACAAUAAAAUAAUACAACUGCCGGACGGUA